UCCCUUUUUAAUUUAUUGGAUAUUAAUUCGGAUAAGAAAUGGAAAAUGAUUUCCGCAUAAAUCGAUCGUUGUGAAUAGAAAGCAUAUGUGUGCAUGCGUGAAUUACUUGUAUUUUAAAGUUCUGGGAGGAGCAAUGUCGUGUACUUUGAGGUAAAAUCAAGAGGGACGCUAAAUCUGUCAGAAAUGAAUGAGGAAAUAAUGAUAUGUGUGUUUCUAUGGAUGUCAGCAAUCAUAAUAAGGGUACAAAGCUGUACACUACCAACAGACUGGGACGGAGAAUGGCACGACAGCAGUGACACAACACAAGACAUAACAUUCACCCUGUCUGACAAAUACGUUGUUGGCUGGAAACACCAGAUAUACUCAGCCACCAUUACAUCAUGGACAUGCAUAGCCGACAAAGCGUCCGACAAUCUACUGCUGUUUAAGUCAAACCAAACAACAAAUGUUUUUGGUGCAGAUCAUAACGUAUAUCGGUGUUUAAAGUGGCAAAAGUUAACAGACUACUCAUACACGUAUCUCAUACACGCAAAUAACGAGUCCAAUGCUGGGGAUGCCCGUGUACUUGUUCAAACAACAACAGACGUAGUUAACGUGAGUUACGCAUGUAACCCUUCCCAGGGUCUGCCGACAGCAGUAGAAACAGUUGUUAUGAUUAAGAAAGAUUACAUCCUAAAUGCAACACAAAAUUGCCCAACACCUUUCUUGGGAAGCUUUAAUUAUACGUUCAAUGACGGUUCUACAACAUAUUGUGAUGGCACAAGCGUUUGGGAUGUUUGCUCAGAUAGAACUCAGAUGGUGGUCAAUUACACUCUGUGCUCAACACAGCAAUUUUACUCAGCUGGUGGUGUGGCAUAUUGUGCCUAUUCUACUUCCGUUGGUAGUAAUUAUUACGUCACAGUAAUUAACGCCGAUACAACAGUUGAUUUCACAACAACACACCGAUUUACAUGCUAUGCCGUUACUUCUUUCGGUGGGAAGGUCUUCGCCAGUGACAACAAAGGGGCGUGUGGACAAAGUCAAACACCGACAUCCAAAAUGUCAACAGGCGCGGGGACAUUAGAAUUUGUUGCUUAUGAGACGUGUCAUUCCUUUACUUCCGCUGCCGCCUCAGAAAGCUCUAGCAACAUAGGUAUCAUUGCUGGAGCCGUGGUAGGGGUUAUUGUUAUAGCAGUAGCAGUCACAGUAGGAAUCGUCAUAUAUAAAAAAUAUAAAGCCAAGAUAAAUCCCAGAGAGCACAGUGAUGAAGAGAAAGUUCAACCACCAGACCCAGCUGUGACCCCUAGGGAUGCCACUGUUAUAGAACCACCUGCUGAUAAACCAAACACUCUUCCUCCUUUACAAAAAUAGCUCUCAGCAUCCAACCAGGAGGUCAACUCUAGUGAGACAGAGGAAUUCCGGGCCGUAUAUUGCCAAAACAGAAGUAUUAAUUCGGUGUUGGUUCAUCAACUCUUUCUGUAAAUGUGAUCCGUAAUUUACCCCAGCAUUUAAUUUAUAAUUUAUGUUCACUAAUUUCUGUGAUAAAUUUGUGUUGUAUGACAUUUAAUGAUGCCAUUUUUUAUUUCAAGAGAUGUAUUGACACCGAGAGUUUAUCAAUUGUAUGUCUGAUUGUUACGUCAUGAAAACUGAAUGAAGUUAGCUUGUUUGCUUAUUGAAUCUUGCUGAAACAUGCAUGUACUAAGUGUAUUGUGUCUUACUACAGAGCUGUUGCUUAAGACAUUUGAUAUUGUAAUCAAAAACGGAAAUAGUGCUAUAAUCUCAAAGAAAUAUAUUUUUAUUGUUUGUGCAUGAUUUGAGUGGUUCUGUUUUUCUCCAUGUCUUUCAUUUACUAAUUAGUGCAUUACACAAAUGAAGUUUAUUUAUUUUUCU